AUGGCUUCUCUUCCGUAUCGUCGCCCGUCAAGACAGACAUCGCGGCAGGCUUCUAUGGAUGAUCGAAACGGCAUCCAGGUCCAAAUGGAUUACUACAUUGGAAUCGACGUUGGAACUGGAAGUGCUCGCGCUUGUAUUAUUGACGACAAGGGCGACAUUGUUGGACUGGCUUCUGAAAAUAUCGGCUUAUGGCAGCCUCAGCAAGGAUAUUAUGAGCAAUCCACAUCUGAUAUUUGGCGAUGCAUCUGUAUCUCGGUGCAGAGAGCUAUCAGCCAGCAUAACAUCAACCCGUCGUGGAUUCGUGGCAUUGGCUUUGAUGCUACUUGCUCGCUGGCUGUGUUUUCUACCGAGACUGACGAGCCUGUAUCUGUGACAGGACCCAGUUUUGACACUGACCGUAACGUAAUUCUUUGGCUCGACCAUCGUCCCGUCGAAGAGACAGAAAAGAUCAAUGCAACAGAGCAUAACCUUCUUCGCUACGUAGGCGGGAAAAUGUCUAUUGAGAUGGAAAUCCCUAAGGUUCUAUGGCUGAAAAACAACAUGCCUAAGGAGCUUUUCGACAAAUGCAAAUUCUACGACCUUGCUGAUGCUUUGACUCAUAUCGCCACUGGAAACGAGAAGCGAAGCUACUGCAGUGUUGUCUGUAAACAAGGUUUCGUCCCAGUUGGGGUUGAUGGGAGUGUAAAAGGCUGGCAGGACGAUUUCCUCAACGAAAUUGGCCUUGAAGAUCUCGUGGCUGAGGAUUACAAGCGCAUGGGAGGAGUCAACGGGGUGAAUGGUGAGUACUUGAGUGCCGGAGAACUCGUGGGUACCUUGUGCGAAAAGGCUGCUGCUGAUCUAGGGCUUCCCUCUGGAAUCGCAAUUGGUAGCGGUGUCAUAGAUGCAUAUGCAGGAUGGAUUGGCACUGUUGGUGCAAAAGUCAACCUGGAUGGCGAUCAAUUAGACUCGGAAGUCGCAUCGAACGACCGUACCCAGGCCUUCAGCCGUCUAGCAGCCGUUGCCGGUACUUCAACUUGUCAUCUCGCUAUGUCCCCCAACCCUGUGUUUGUAAAUGGUGUAUGGGGUCCGUACCGAGACACUAUCUUGCCUGGGUUCUGGAUGGCCGAGGGUGGACAAUCUGCUACUGGAGAGCUACUCAAGCACGUCAUCGAAACACAUCCCGCCUUCAAUCAAGCAACCUCGAUUGCUGAGUCGUACCACACAAAUAUCUACGAGUACCUCAAUGAGCAUUUGAAGGAAAUGAUGGAAGAUCAGGGAGCCCCAAGCAUUUCAUACCUGGGUCGUCAUUUCUUCUUCUACGGUGAUCUGUUUGGGAACCGCUCUCCGAUCGCUGACCCGUCCAUGUCGGGAGCUGUUAUCGGACUUUCGAGUGACAAAUCCGUAGACGGGCUUUCCAUCUACUACUAUGCUACAUUGGAAUUCAUUGCACUACAAACCAAACAGAUCGUGGAAACACUGAACAACGCGGGCCAUAACAUUAAUUCUAUAUUCAUGUCUGGGUCUCAAUGCCAAAAUGAAAUCCUGGUGAAACUCAUCGCGUCAGCUUGCAACGUUCCUGUCCUGAUCCCACGUUACGUUCAGGCUGCAGUUUGCCACGGCGCUGCUAUGCUGGGCGCCAAAGCCGCGAGUGCAGAUGCAGAAGGCAGGACUGAGGAUUUGUGGGCUAUCAUGGACAAGAUGAGCAAACCAGGCAGAAAGGUCUCCCCCACGACGGAUGCCCAUGAAAAGGCUCUCCUUGCUGUGAAAUACAAGGUUUUCCUCGAGCAAUGUUUCAAACAGAGGGAGUAUAGAGGAUUGGUGGACGAUGUGGUUGGGACAUGGAACAACAAGUAA